CACGUGGAUUCUUAUUGUCCUUGAAGGACGUACAUAAUAGCAAUAUCUUUUCGCCUAAUCCAUUGUGGUGAAUUUUUAUAAAACUUAACAAUACCAUUCGGUAUUCGGUACUUUAUUAUUCUUUUCCUUCGACCACAACUUUUUCGUUCGACUUCUUUCCUUCAAUCACCUUCGUUCCAUCGACUUCGAUUAGAUCUGCGAGCCAGAUCCCCGGUAUACCAAAGGAAAAAAAAACGUAGAUACGCAACAAGCUGCUGGCAGUUUCAACAGGACACGACCCUAGGUCUUGCAAAGUUCACCGACAAGAUGGGUAUCAAGUCUAGUUCCGGAUUCCAAGGCUCCGCCUUUAUUAUCCUUCAGGUUAUCCGUGCUUGUAAUCUUGCUGUCCUGCUGGCCGUUAUCUUCGUCUCGGGGGUCAUGAUGUACUUCGCCAAGAUGCCCAACGGCUUCCAGUUCUUCAACGACGUCUCCCUCGCCUUCGUUAUCGCCGUCGCCGGCCUCCUGUUCUGGAGCGAACUACCAAUCAAGACGGGUAAGGCGAUGAUUACCCGAAACUGGCCGGCAAUCGGUGAAGACCGCGGCUUUACCUGGCUCGGCAUCGCUAUGAUUGUCAUUGGAUGCCAUCAUCUCGGCGCGCUCAGCAACAGGACUUACGACAACGAGGAAGUGCCUUUCCAGGUCUGGCAGGCUAUCAUGGCGUCCGGCAUCAUCGCAAUCGCAUUUGGCGUUACUAACGUCAUUGCCUCGUUCGUCUUCAGCAACCGGGCGAGCGGCGUGCAUGCCCGAGAGGUCCGCAACAACGGCGCCAUCACCCGAGACGUCAACUUCACCGAGGAGUACGAGAGCUACCGAAGCAACUCGAUCCGCAAGGAGAAGAAGAAGAGCCGAUUCUCCCUCUUCGCUAGGGGCAACUCCAAGCCUAAGAUCAGCCACCCGAUGCCCCAUGACGUCGAGUUCGGACACGGCGAUGAUCACCUCCCCAUCGACGACCGCAGCAGUCCCAUCAUCCCGGACGUGAAGCGUCCCCCCACCGCCCUGCACCCCGCCUACAACGCCGGAUCAAGGUCAAGCCGGUACAGCGAAUCCGCGUAUUCCUAAGCGUUUAAGGCAUUGAUAGGUGUUUCAGUGAGAUGAUGAUGAAGGCGGCGUUUGGGUAUGGGUAUGGAUUUGGCUUUGGCUUUAGCGAUUUCGGAUAUACCCAAGA